AUGACAGACAGCACUGAAGUAUCGGCAGAAACGUCGACACGAGUUUGCACUCACAUGAACGAGGAUCAUGCCGUCAGCGUCUACGCAAUGGCCAAAUCCCUGCUACCCGGCAAGAAAAAGAUCACCGAUUUCAAGCUCAAAAAGGUUACGCUGAAAGGAUGCGAGAUUUCCGCCGUGAGUUGUCAAGGAGAACUCUGUGAAAUGCACAAGCUUUUUUAUCCCUUCCAACCACCUCUGGCCAGUGCCCAAGAAGUGCGACCCCGGAUGGUGGCCAUUCAUCAUCAAGUGUGUGCACCAGAACCGACUUGGCUCGUCACGCAUAUCGAUGCCUUGGCGGUUCUGAUCGUGGUGGCUCUGUUGGGAUACGGUACACAUGUCAUUGGAACCGACAAUCUAACCGAAAUGAUUGAACAGGCACCCAAAUUGAAUGACACCAUUUCCAUGGUCUUUGGCUCGGCAUCCACCUUCAGUGCGGCCGUCAAGUACGCUUGGAUUUUUGCCAUUGUGGCGCAUGUAGGAGAAGGUGGGUAUGUUGUCUACCAUGCGAAAAUAACGUUGAAGCUACAAACACAAGUUAUCGUGCUGUGGUUUCUCAUGGUAGCCUCGGUUGGGUUUCCCAUUACCAAAGAGUUUCUGGAGUUGUUGAAAGUGCAUCAAAAGCAACCCAAAAAGACGAGCUAG